CAUUUCUACACCCCCUAAGGCAGUCAUCAACAACAUGUGCUUGCCUACUGUUAUAAAGUAUGCUAGAUCUACAAGCUAGCUGUAGUAUAUAAAAUAGGUUGAGCUCUGACUAGACUGCCAAGCCAUGUCUAACUCAAGCCUUGUGAACAGACUGCAAGGUAAACUGCACCAGGAAUCUCACACAAGACAACUACAGGAAGACGUCAACUCCAAACUGCAGACAGAGCAUGAUCGACUACUCAAGAGGCUAGCUGAGGCUGAGAAUCACAUCGAUCGACUUCGAUUGGGAGCACAUCUUGAGCUAAAGAGACAUUUUGUUGUCACGCACGAGCACAACUAUGGCGACGAUGAUCAUGCCUCGAGGGCCAAACCUGUAUUACUACCACACCACCCCCCAGUACAUGAUCUAAACACUGCUACCACUAGAACUGACAUGUCUGUUGGAACCACAUGGGAGGGGAUAGUACAUGAUAUCGAAUUACCAGAAGACACUCUGACUGAUUUAGACGAGAGAUUACACCACCCAUCACCUCAGCAUUACACACUCGAUGUUAACACUGACCAUGAGUCCGAACCUAUUGACCACACCCCAUACGAGGACACCUCCUCCUUGAGCACGGACGGAGAUAUCUCUCAGAUGUCAGCGACUACGAUUGUGGAUAGGGCAAGUGCUGAGAGUAUACAAUAUGCACAUUUACUCAAGAUCAAGUCUCUACAGGGGAAAAUUUCCGAGCUCAAAUCAAAGCUUAACGAGAAGGGCUCCCCAUUUAAUGAAGGGGUUUCCCCAUGUAACGAGGGGGGCGCCUCAUUUAACGAGGUACUGACGGGACUACGAGAUGUGCAGACGGAGCAUACACAGUUGAGUGAGGAUAUUCACGAGUCACAGGCCACACUGGAGGCACUAAAGAACAAGUACAAGGGAAAAGCAUCUCGGAGGAUAGCAAGCAGUCAGCAAGCCAUUGGAAAGGAGUUGGCUACUCUUGCUGACCAACUUAGUGACUUUGUGCAGCUCCUACAGUUGACGGCGGAACCGUCUCAAACCUCCACUCCACCCAUCUUCAUGCCCUUACACCUCCACACUCCCACACGCCCACUCCUCCACACACCACACAAGACGAGGGACGAGACCACGCCUCUCCUCCCCCCUCCCGGAUCAUCUGCUACAGAGAGUGCCCUACAUGCUCCAAUAAAUGGACAAUGGUCUCCUCAACCAGUGGAGGAUGACUCGGACAGUAUCGUGUGUUCAGAGCUCUCUUACGACUCCUCCCCUUUCCUCUCUUCCAAGUAUUUCUCUUCAACGCUGGAUAUAGAAUCACAUGAUGCUACAGUUGACCCGCUAGAACUGUCACCUGAUGGUGUAUACCGUACUAGUGAUGAUGGCAAGUAUCAGACACAUACAGAGCAGUCAAGUGAUGUGUACAAUCCACCACCUCAGCGUCGUGAUGGUGUAUAUCGUACUAGUGAUGAUGGCAAGUAUCAGACACAUACAGAGCAGUCAAGUGAUGUGUAUAAUCCACCACCUCAGCGUCCUGAUGGUGUAUAUCGUACUAGUGAUGAUGGCAAAUAUCAGACACAUACAGAGCAGUCAAGUGAUGUGUACAGUCCACCACCUCAGCGUCCUGAUGGUGUAUAUCGUACUAGUGAUGAUGGCAAAUAUCAGACACAUACAGAGCAGUCAAGUGAUGUAUACAGUCCACCACCUCAGCGUCAUGAUGGUGUAUAUCGUACUAGUGAUGAUGGCAAGUAUCAGACACAUACAGAGCAGUCAAGUGAUGUGUACAGUCCACCACCUCAGCGUCCUGAUGGUGUAUACCGUACUAGUGAUGAUGGCAAGUAUCAGACACAUACAGAGCAGUCAAGUGAUGUAUACAGUCCACCACCUCAGCGACCUGAUGGUGUAUACCGUACUAGUGAUGAUGGCAAGUAUCAGACACAUACAGAGCAGUCAAGUGAUGUGUACAGUCCACCACCUCAGCGUCCUGAUGGUGUAUAUCGUACUAGUGAUGAUGGCAAGUAUCAGACACAUACAGAGCAGUCAAGUGAUGUAUACAGUCCACCACCUCAGCAACCUAGAGAAGAUACGUUCCUCCUACAAGAGAGAGCUCCUUCAACAACUGAAUUAAAUGAAGGAACUGAUCCAAGAGGCACAUUCCUGCUGCCAGACGCCCCCUCAUUCACGACUGUACCAAGAGGCCAGCUAUCGGACACCUCCUCAUUCGCAACUGGACCAAGCGACCAGCUGUCAGACGCCCCCUCAUUCACAACUGGACCAAGAGGCCAGCUAUCGGACGCCCCCUCAUUCACAACUGGACCAAGAGGCCAGCUAUCGGACGCCCCCUCAUUCACAACUGGACCAAGAAGCCAGCUGUUGAACGCCCCCUCAUUCACGGCUGUACCAAGGGACCAACUAUCAGACGCCCCCUCAUUUACAACUGGCCAGCGGCCAUACUCCCCCUCAUUCACAACUGUACCACCGAAUGAGAGAAUGAUAUCAUCUGAUAACAGUGAAACUGAACACUACGAACAAUUUACUGCUGCACCAAAAUCAUCCCGCAUCCCUAGAGCCAAUCAUAUCUCUCAAAAAGCUCCAAGAAGAGAACCAGAACAUUUGUACGAACAACCACACUCCCGGCAGUCCCCCUCCUACACACCCUCACACAUAGGGCUCGUGUCCACCCACUCCAUAUCACAGUCUUCCUCAGCCCACGUCCGAGAGAGUGUCUCAAACCGCCCCCACCACACACUCACACCAUCACAAGGCCAUCACCAUGAAGCCUACAAGUCCUCGCAUCAACCUACGAGUGUGUCAAACUAUCCACAGUCUGUCACAGCAUCACAGUUAUCUGCAUCUGCUACUGGAGCACUUCCCCUCACACCCUCACACCCCCACACUAGCCGGCCCCUCACACCCUCACACUCUUCAGCGACCAGUGCCUACACACCCUCACACCUCCACACUAGCCGGCAGCCGCCCCUCACACCAUCACACUCUUCAGCGACCACCUACACAUCCUCACACCUCACACACUCGGCUCAGAACCACACUCCAUCGUGUAAUACCAUCGGCACAUCCUCCUCAUCUUCAGUUAUUAGCAGCCGAACCAAGCCGUCAGAAAUGGACAGAGGUGUGGUCAAAACAUCCGCCAGGGGAGAGGACAGAGGUGUGGUUAAGAUGUCCGCCAGGGGAGAGGACGGAGGUGUGGUUAAGAUGUCCGCCAGGGGAGAGGACAGAGGUAUGGUCAAGAUGUCCGCCAGGGGAGAGGACAGAGGUGUGGUCAAGAUGUCCGCCAGGGGAGAGGACAGAGGUGUGGUCAAGAUGUCCGCCAGGGGAGAGGACAGAGGUGUGGUCAAGAUGUCCGCCAGGGGAGAGGACAGAGGUGUGGUCAAGAUGUCUGCCGAGGAAGAGAAGGAGAAGCAAGACUACACCACACUCACUGUCUCUGCCAUUGAUCAGUUGAGAGCUGAACUGGACCAACUUAAGGAGCAGAUAAUGAGGUCACAAUCGUCAGUGGUCCUCACACACCCACACCGUCGUCACUCCGAUCACAGCUCCACACCGCCCACACACUCGGCAUACAGCAGCUAUCCCAGUCACACCCCUCACAGCUACACUCACCAUGCCUCACAAGAAGUACACCCUCACGAAACGACUCCGAUAUACGCCUCCUCGUCCCUCCCUUCACACACUUCCCUCGUAGCCUCACCCCCUCACAGCACGCCCCCUCACCACACCUCCCCCAGACGCUGUGUCCAUACUGAGCAAAUCACAACAGUUGAACUAUCAUCACCUGAGGGGCAUUUAUCGAGUAUACCUCUUCUUUAUACCCCCUCGAGGACUAUUAGCGCCAUGGCAACACCGCAGACCACACCCUCUCACGGUAUGAGCGACGGAACACAACUAGACACAGUGAGCAACGCAGUGUAUAACAAUCAACCAACUUUCAGUAGACAUUUGUCAACACACACCCGACAUUUCAGAGCCGGUUCAACACCGCAAUUUAGUGAUAAUUCAACUCCUUUGAGAACUGGUGAUUUAUUUGGCUCCAAUACAAGACUCAGUACACCGGCAUCAGUGAGUAAUAUCGGUUAUGAACAAUCGUCUAGAAACUCGCAAACCGAACUCUCGAAUCACGGAGCUUUGUAUAGUAGUAACCAGAGCACUACACGUCGUAUGACAUCAUCAACUAGACGUCCAUCAAAUGAUCGCUAUUCUGUAGAGGGAGAAAAAAUGAAAAGAAGUUUAGAAUCGUUUGAAAGAAGGCCAAGUGUUGAAAAAUCAAUAUCGGAUAGCAAAUCUGGAUCGUCGAGAUUUUCAAGGAGCUCUAGUUUUGAACGACAAACUCGUGAAUUUGAUGAUGAUUGGUCAUGUCCGCAGUGUAGUGGUAGAGGAACAAGUUCCACUGCUGUAUCCCCCGGGGGAACACGUACUCAGACACGCACACACAAGUGUACUCAAGUGUAUAGAUCUCCAACACCCACGAUGAAUAAUGGCCGCAUCAACACUGGCAGGGAACAAGGCUUGGGCACGAUGGAUAAUGGCCGCAUCAGCACUGGCAGGGAACAAGGCUUAGGCACGAUGAAUAAUGGCCGCAUCAGAGAACAAGGCUUGGGCACGAUGGAUAAUGGCCACAUCAGCACUGGCAGGGAACAAGGCUUGGGCACGAUGGAUAAUGGCCGCAUUAGCACUGGCAGGGAACAAGGCUUGGGCACGAUGGAUAAUGGCCGCAUCAGCACUGGCAGAGAACAAGGCUUGGGCACGAUGGAUAAUGGCCGCAUCAGCACACAUGGCAGAGAACAAGGCUUGGACACGAUGGAUAAUGGCCGCAUCAGAGAACAAGGCUUGGGCACGAUGGAUAAUGAUGGCUUGGGCACAAUGGAUAAUGGUGGCUUCAGCACACAUGGCAGAGAACAAGGCUUGGGCACAAUGGAUAAUGGCUGCAUCAGCACACAUGGAGGCUUAGGCACAAUGGAUAAUGGCCGCAUCAACACUGGCAGAGAACAAGGCUUGGGUAUUGGAUCCAUGAGGGACAGAGCCACUCUGAGGAGCACAGCUGACCAUCGUAACCAACCCUCUACAAAGACACAGUCAGGUCAAGCUGACAAGAGAGACUACAGUGCCCAGGCAACCACUCCUGACAAUGUCAGGGGGGAGGAGCCAAGCUUCGCUCAAGUGAUUACCUCAACACCCACAAAAACCAACAGAACUGUCCAACAAACACCACAUGCAGUACCCGCAAACCAAAAAGCACUCUUCCAUUCCGAGGACUCAAUCUCUCCCUCACCCCCAGCGGCUGGAGAGAGAGAUCGCUCACGGGAAAAAAGGAGUGUAAAGUUAUCAAGUCCAGCCUCUCCCUCAGGCUAUGGGUCUACACAACCACAUGCUACUUAUCGUACCGUUGCAACCACCCGGCACUCUACUCCGGGUGCAGUACACAGAGUGGCAGUCACCUCACAAGAUGGCCAACCUAACACCACGUCUCCCCAGCACACACAUUAUCGGAGCACAGGUCCAGCCUAUCCCUCAGGCUAUGGGUCUACACAACCUUAUCGUACCGCUGCAACCACCCGGCACUCUACUCUGGGUACAGCAGAUGGCCGACCUAACACCACCUUCCCCCAACAUACACAUUAUCGGAGCACAAGUCCAGCCUAUCCCUCAGGCUAUGGGUCUACACAACCUUAUCGUACCGCUGCAACCACCCGGCACUCUACUCUGGGUACAGCAGAUGGCCGACCUAACACCACCUCCCCCCAACAUACACAUUAUCGGAGCACAAGUCCAGCCUCUCCCUCAGGCUAUGGGUCUACACAACCUUAUCGUACCGCUGCAACCACCCAGCACUCUACUCUGGGUGCAGCAGAUGGCCGACCUAACACCACCUCCCCCCAACAUACACAUUAUCGGAGCACAAGUCCAGCCUCUCCCUCAGGCUAUGGGUCUACACAACCUUAUCGUACCGCUGCAACCACCCAGCACUCUACUCUGGGUGCAGCAGAUGGCCGACCUAACACCACCUCCCCCCAACAUACACAUUAUCAGAGCACAAGUCCAGCCUCUCCCUCAGGCUAUGGGUAUACACAACCUUAUCGUAUCGCUGUAACCACCCGGCACUCACCUCCAGGCACAGCACACAGAGUGACAGUCAUCUCACAAGAUGGCCGACCUACCUCCCCCCGGCACACACAUUAUCAAAGCCGCCCUACUGUAAGAGACACCCUCCAUACAGAAAGAAGAGACUACGGCAGUAACGUAUCCAUGGCAGCAAGACACACACCACUCGAAGGCAACUAUAAACACUUUACUACAUCAGCCACAUAUGGCCCAACCCCAACCAAUCUCAUGUAUGGACCCCCCACAGUCGUGACCCCCAGCAGACAAGAGAGGGGACCACCCACAGUCGUGACCCCCAGCAGACGAGAUAGGGGACCCGCCACAGUCGUGACCCCCAGCAGACAAGAGAGGGGACCACCCACAGUCGUGACCCCCAGCAGACGAGAUAGGAGACCCGCCACAGUCGUGACCCCCAGCAGGGUGGUAUACGUAUCGACACACUCUCCAUCGGACGAGGAGCUGUAUCUCUCCGAGCCAGUUGGUACAACACAGAGGAUAAAGGUCAAAGGUGGGAGGAGGCUGGUUGUGAGACCUGUGCAUUAUGUUGUGAGGGGGAGUGGCUUUGACAGUGGACAGGAAGUGAAGAUGAUGGACGGCCAUGGUGGUCAGCUGGAUCUGAGCCAGGCUCUGCGUCUGGCCAAAACCCUCAAGAAAAGAUCCCGCAAGAUGCAAAGCUCUCUCAAGGAACUGGCCAAACACAAGAAUAUCUAGGGCUAGUUUGAAUUAACUCUGUGUCUAUGAUUAUAGCUAGCUUGCAAUUGCAAUAUUGCUAUUUUGACCGCCAUUAAUUUUGUUUGAAUUGUUGAA